CACUACGACCGCUUGGGCGGCAUGGACAAGGAUGUGAUCACCCAAGUUGUGGCUACGUACUUGCACGAGUCCUCGGCCGCGCCGCGCCAGUCGCACAAAUGGUGGCCGACCCCUGAGCUCGACGGGAUCAUCGGGCAGCGCGGCUCGCACGUGCACCAGGGCCUAUCCAGGCACGGCGCCAUCACUUGUCGUCGAGCUGCUGUCGGCGGCCUCGUCUACGGCAGCGGGGGCGUGUGGCUCGAGGGCGACGCCGCGUUCCACGUCCACUGCGUGGCGGUGGCCGCGGGGCGCUCCUACCUCAUCGUGGAGCCGCUGGACCUG